AUGCCUAUCAAUGUGACAAGGACGUAUGGUAAGCGCUCGGGCUCUAAAACGAGCACGGCAGCCUUGAAGCGCAAAUCGACCAGCGAAAUACCCCAGAAUGUCGAAGAGAAGCCGUUACCAGGGUCUUCGAAUACCAGCACCCCACAGUCUAAUGUCCACGCCGAGAAAAAGAGGAAACUGGACAAUGAUGUCGCCGUGUCGAUAAUGACUAAACGCGACGACGAGUUGUCCAGUGUUGUUUCUGCAAGCAACUCCAGACCUGCAACUCCAACCAAACUCUCCAAACGGAUGCUCGGUCGUUCUAAAACAGAGACAUCUGUGACCAGUACAACCGAAUCUCCAUCUCUCGAUACCCGGCGGACACCUUCUCUCCCAAUUUUACCCAGUGAAGCCUCUCCCUCAUCACUUCACACCCCGUCCAAGUCCUCAACCGCCGUCUCCGCGUCCCCUCUCCGCCAAACACCCUCCUUCACAAAGUUCUCUACAGUCCUGGCAACGACAUCUGGGACAGCCACGAUAUCCGCCUCACUAAACGGCACUUCCACCACCACGAUCUCAAGGUCGCGUUCCACCGUGACCAGAACCUAUGCAGGGUCCAGUCGUUCCUUCCUGAUGCCACUCUCUUCAUUCUCGGGCAACCCGCUAGAUCCAAACGCUCCCGCCCCGCAAGCUGACGACUACGAAGAUGAAUUCUCUCGCGAGUCUUACUCUACGUUACGCCAAAAAUACGGCGUGGACGAUACAUCCGAAGACGAGUUUUGGAAUGGCGACGCCGUACCCUCCACUUCAGCCAACCCCCGAUCUAAUUCAGGGACGCCUGUCUCGACACCUUCCAAAGCUAAUAGAGCCAGAGGGAAAGCACGAUCUGGCUCGACAUCCCCUUCCAAGUCUCGGUCCAAGAAGGAUGGCACGCCGUCGAAGAGCCAGCUACCUGCUCCCCCACCCCUCCCAAGUAACAUGAUGAACCCGCUCAAGAGCAUAACAGAGCUCAGAAAUAAGGGCGAGACUAGGCGAUUCCUAGACGAAGUGGCCUACCUCUUAGACGGAAUGGCCGUCCCAUCUGCCAGCUCAAAAUCCCCAGCCAACAUUGGCCUGGUACGAGCAAGUGCACUAGAACUCAUCACUAAGCUCUUCACCUCUGCCGACUUUAGUCGCAAGGCCAAAGCAGCUGACAUCUACGGCAAAGUGUACGGCCUCUUCCUAAACGCAGGCGCCGGAAUAGGGUUGGAUAAAUUGCUGGACGCCCUCCUCCUGACCUUCCUCGUCCUAGUCUCGCGAGACCCCUCCUCGCUGAAGGAAUUGGGCGAAUUAUACCCUCCUUCAUCUUCACCGGAAGCUGUUCGCCUAGACGCUAAAGGAAAGAACAGGUCCUCCUCCACGGUUAUCUCCGUAUCCUCUCGAUCUCUGGUCGAUAUCCUGUUUCAUCUUUUUCAGCUCCACUGUCCCCCAGAACCAGAUGAUGAGGAUGGUCUCGGCAUUCCGACAGACCCGCUGGUCCUAAUCUCAGACCCCACCCACUCUGAUGCUUACUUCAAACGAGCAGGCAUUGGGAAGAAAGAAAAAGGACAGCUGUCAUCUCUCUACUCCAUCCUCACUUCCCAACCCACCUUCUCCUUGCCGACGAAGAAUGAAGAGCGGAAAACCCUCUCCACGCCGAUGAUUGCCGUCGCAUUGUUGCAUGUUCUCCCAACUUCGCUUCUACCUAACGACAGGUGGAGAGUGAACAUUCUUGUCAAGUCCCUGAAUGGAGUUACGCGAGCGGUUCUAGAGUCUGCAGGGUCCCCUAAACCCAAGGACAAACUAGGGGUCGGAGAGGUUGGCCUGGACUGGCUAACUCUCCAUGCCCAUCUACGACUUCUUGAUCUGUAUCUCUUGGGCCAGUGGAGUCUUGUUCGUAAGGAUGGUGACGGAGAGGGGACGGAGGGUAGUGAAGAUGAUGAUAAUAUCUGGAAGCGGAUGGUUGAGAGAUUGGUGAAGCUGGGAAGAGUUGCGGUGUCUAGGAGGCGUGCUGAUGAAGAUGAGGUUGACGAAGCGGGUAACUUGGUCGAUCAGUGUCUAGAAGCGCUUCUUCGGGUCCUUGUCACACUUACACAUGGGGAGAGCAAGUGGGGGACAUGUGUCGCAUCUAGCGAGGGGAAGGGCGACCCGACUCUUUCAUGGUUGACGCUUUUGGUGGAGGAAUCCGGGAACAGGAUCAAGUCGAUUGAAGGAGCACAGACACGACCGAGUGGAGGUGGGACACGGCGUAAAAGGAAGCUGUACGAGAUGGAGGAAGAGACGGGGACAGAAGCGGCUGAAAGCGAUUCGGAGAGUGAAGAGGAUACAUUCCAGCAACAACGUCGACGAGAGGCAGUCGAACGGCGCACUCGUGCUUUGGAUCGACUUUGCCUGUCUUUGGCACUCUUGACGAACCUCGUCCAAGAGGUCGAUGAUGUUUCAGAUCUUCUGAGAGAUGGGGGGAUGUUGGUGGCCUUGGUUGGGGUAUACAAGCAGCAAAGCGACCUUUCCGAGGAGCUAAGCGCUAUGCAGAGUUCAGAAGGCGAGGAAGAAGCGAUAGUUCAAGAACGCGAGCAAGCACAAGUCGAUGCAUCCUUCCUUCGAGGCCACCUUGCGGUUUUGUUCGCGCUUCUAAUGAAGAACGAGGAGAACAAGGAGACUCUGUUGCCUCUUUUACCUUCUCGUGGGGAGAGCACAAAGGCGAAGCUGAAUCGAUUGGUGGAUCAUGCCAAGCGAUUCGUUUCGUUCUUCGAUGUUGUGCAGCAGACGAAUCAGGACCAAGAAGGGCUUAGCCAGGAGGAGCAGAAUGAGAAGAAGGUUGCGAUGGAGGCUGUGGGUUUCCUGGAAAGUCUUCGGGAUAGUUAA